GAACGCUGCGCCACUCGGGAACAUGCACUUAACUAUGCCAUCACAUUAUGAUUUUAUACCUUUUUCACUUUUACUUUGUAAAAACGUUAAAGUCACAAUGAAAUUGAAAAAAAGUCCCCGUUUAUAAGUAAUCCGAAAGUAGCCUACCUGAUGCUCCACCGACGAAUGCUCUCCCACUGUUCUAAUACCGGGCUGGAACGGACCCACAUUGCAGGAAGACAUGCAACUGUGUCGUAAAAUCAAGAGUAUUUUGCGUCAAGACGUAUGUGAAAUCGUAUAGUGUUUACACGUGCGUUUAGUGACAAGUGGAUUCAAGUUCCAUACUGUAGUUGCGGCUUGUAUUCACGAGGGAAUCCGAUAAUAAAUGCAAGCGUAUUCUGAGUACCAGCUUAGAUAUGUUAUGUCAUAACUAACGGAACAUUUUAAAACGGUAGCGGUCUGUUUUCUGCUAUGUUUAGCAAUUAGCUAGCCUUAGCCUGCUAUUAAGACAGUUGUGAUGACGUGUGGUGUUAGCCACCAAUAUAGCUAACUCAUAAAAAGUGUGAUAUUUCUACGUUGCGAUGCUGUACUUUAUUGGGCUUGGGUUGGGAGAUGCAAAGGACAUCACCGUAAAGGGGUUAGAAAUUGUAAAGCAAUGCAGUCGUGUCUACUUGGAAGCCUACACGUCCAUAUUGACAGUUGGGAAAGAUGCAUUGGAAGAGUACUAUGGACGGGAGCUGAUACUGGCCGACAGAGACAUGGUGGAACAGGAGGCUGAUGAGAUCCUGAAAGGGGCUGACGUCAGUGAUGUGGCAUUUCUUGUGGUGGGAGAUCCAUUUGGCGCCACCACCCACAGUGACUUGGUCCUGAGAGCAGUGAAUGCUGGGAUACAGUACAGGGUCAUCCAUAACGCCUCUAUCAUGAACGCAGUUGGAUGCUGCGGCCUCCAGCUGUACAACUUUGGAGAGACGGUGUCCAUUGUGUUCUGGACAGACACCUGGAGACCGGAAAGCUUCUAUGAUAAAAUCAAGAAGAACAGGGACCUGGGGAUGCACACACUAUGUCUGCUUGAUAUCAAAGUCAAAGAGCAGUCCAUGGAGAACCUCAUGAGGGGCCGUAAGAUUUAUGAACCGCCCAGGUUUAUGACCGUGAGCCAGGCGGCUGAGCAGCUCCUGGAGAUAGUACAAAACCGGAGGGAGCGGGGAGAUGACCUAGCCAUCAGCGAGGAGACCAUAUGUGUGGGUCUGGCCAGGGUGGGAGCAGAGGACCAGGUCAUCCGCGCGGGGACACUCCGCCAACUGGCGUCAUGUGACCUGGGUGGCCCGCUGCAUUCCAUGAUCGUGACGGGUCACCUGCACCCGCUGGAGGUAGACAUGUUGCGUUUGUCAGCUGCCACCCCCGACGCACUGCAGGACCUCCGAAUGACCGACAGCUCAACGUACACCUCCUAAUGCACACAUACCGCCUCAAGAAUGACUCUCAGGAUCUACAAACGACCUAGCACACACAGAGUUCCAUACAUUAUGACACAUGGUCCUGUGUUAUAGGCCUAACUUCUUUUGUUGACUUGACACGCCUAGCCGAUGACCGAUACUAACACACCAUUAGAUCUGGAUUGACAUUAGGGUUAUGUAUUUAAACGUUCCAUCCCGAGAACCCGGUAUUUCCCACCGGAACUGUCAUUCUAAAGCAUAUAAAUAUCUUUGAUCAGCAUGAAAAUUCAAGCCUGAUGAGCCAUACAUUAAAGACAUUGUAUUUAACAUUCAGCAAAUAACAGUUUGCAUCCUUCUUUGAAAAGUUUUUGUUCUGACAUGCACUGUAAACUGGUGUGCGCCUUUCUAAAUCAUGUACAAAUCAGGUGGAAACAGGAUGUACCUGAGCUCAAUUGAGGGUUUGAACAUGUAAAUAAGGUAUUUUGUUUUUUUGCUUUGUCUUUGUGGGGUAGUGUGUGUAGAUUAAGAACAAGGCUGUAAUGUGAAAGGGAAGGGUUCCGAAUACAUUUUGUAUGGGUAAUCCAUUACUUUUGUUUCCCUAAAAAUCGGUAUCGGACCCAACAAUCCCUCAUCCCCUGUGUUAACGCUAGCUGGCUCUGGCAUCAAAAUGUUAUUACCAUGAUUGAAGAGGAAAUGAAGAAAAAGGUCACAGAGGAACAUAAAAUGAAGCUGUCCUGUAAUUUGAUGUUUUGUAUUCUUGGAAACUGAAGUGCAAUCUUCUGGUAUGCGCAGUACUACUGCCAAAAAGUCAACCUGGGCCUGUGGAACCAGAAUUAAAAGUUUUACAUAUUUCUUACAUAGACCAAAGCAUAUAUUUCACUGAUUUAUUAAUACUGAUGUGUUUAAAUGACACUUAAAAUUCAUCAUCUAGUUCCCAUGUUGUUCUCCUGAGUUGGAUAGAUUUUUAAAGGAUAAGGCAACUCCCUUUCCUCCUCCAGAUAAAGGGCUCGAUUCAUCCGUAUUGCUGAAGUUCAGAGCUUUUGAAAUGUAAAAAGGUCAUUUCCAAUUGAGACGAAAUAUUCAGCGUUUACCGUGAAUGCAGUCUCUGCUAACGCUGAAUAGCUGUAGCUCUUCAGUGCUACAGAUGGUCGAGCCCUACUUGAUAUGCAACAGUUUAAUGACAUUUGGUCAAAAAUAAAAUGUACAGAUAAGAAAUCAUGGAUGACAGCACAAACGCAAAAUAUGUUUAAAAAUGUCUCUCAAAUAUCCAUGUAACAAAUAAAUGGAAAUGAAGAAUAAACAUUGAUAAGCAA